GGAGUUUACUGUGUAUCUAUGACAAAAAGAGAAAAUGAGUCACAUCAGCCAAGAGGACAAUGGAUGACACGUCUCUACUAUUUCUGCUCUUUCUGACUUUAAUGCCUUGCAGGAUAACAAACCAAGCUCUCACAGCUAAUCUCAAUGUGAGUCCCAGCAUCUCUCAGUUCUUUGAAGGAGACUUUGUGUCUCUGAGCUGUGAGGAGGAUGACAGCUCUGCUGGAUGGACUCUGAGGAGAAACACAAGCAAAGGACAGAGGACUCAGUGUGGAGAUGGGUGGGGAAGAGCAGCUGGUUCAUCCUGUAAUAUCACUAUGAUGGUGCCUCAUGACAGUGGAAUAUAUUGGUGUGAGUUCAAUCAGAGUCUCAUCAGUAACAUGGUUAACCUGACAGUCACUGGUGGAUCAGUGAUCCUGCAGAGUCCUGUCCUCCCUGUGAUGGAGGGAGAUGACGUCACUCUGCUCUGUAAAACAAAGACCACUCCUUCCAACAUCACAGCCAUUUUCUCCAAAGAUGGCGUCUUCACCGGGAAAGACUCUACAGGUCACAUGACCAUCCAGCAUGUUUCCAGGUCUGAUGAAGGCCUCUACAAGUGUGACAUCAGCAAUCAUGGAGAGUCUCCAUCCAGCUGGAUCACUGUCACAGAGAAACACGCCACCACACCUCCACUUGCCUCUUCUGCUGGUUCCUCUCCACUUGUCCCCAUAUUGCUGACAGCUGGAACAGUCUGUGUUGUGUUAGUAGUGAUGUUAUUGGUUGUUUUGGUGGAACGACAUGUUGACAGGAAACUAAAAGAGAGUGAUGCAGCUGCAGUCGACUCAGCAGUAAGAACAGAAGAUGUCACUUAUGGAGAAAUCGACAUCAAAGAGAAGCAAGAAGAGGCAAAAAUGUACAGCUGCUGUCCUUUGUCUCCAUCAUGGUUCAAGAUGACUUUUUUUUUAAAAUAAGGGUGUGUGAGCAGUCUUCUAUAUUGUUUUGAGAUUUUUUUUUAUGUAUUUUGUGGUUAAAAUGUGUUAAAAAAGAGAAAAAAGAAAAACAACUGUAUCUGCAGAUGUUAUGUGAUCUGAAACUUUUCAUAUAUUAUCCAUCUUACCAUCCA